AUGACGCAAUGUAUUUUGAGUGUUUUGGUCGUUUAUUUGGCGCUGAGUUCAGACUGCACUGCUUAUCUCAUUGAGACAGUUUCUCGUACAGUGAAUGGAUUCGCCACAAAUAUGCGUAUCUAAUAAAGGUGUUUCUGCAAUAUGAAGUAUGGAAGAAGACGAUGUGACAAUCAGAGAACAGAAUUUCCACAGCCAAGUGCGCGAGUACAUCGUCUGCUUCCUCUUGUUUGCAGUACUGUAUAUUGUGUCAAACUGCAUCAUCACCCGGUACAAGAGGAAAAGCGAUGACCAGGAAGACGAGGAUGCCAUUGUCAACAGAAUAUCCAUGUACCUGUGUACAUUCACACUGGCAGUUUCUGGAGGGGCCGUCCUCCUUUUGCCAUUCUCUAUGAUCAGUAAUGAGAUCCUACUCUCCCUUCCCAAAAACUACUACAUACAGUGGCUCAAUGAAUCACUCAUCCACGGCCUGUGGAACCUUGUGUCCCUCUUCUCCAAUCUCUGUCUUUUUGUACUGAUGCCUUUUGCCUAUUUCUUCCUGGAGUCUGAGGGCUUCGCAGGUUCAAAAAAGGGCAUUAAGGCUCGUGUGCUGGAGACUUUUGUCAUGCUCUUUCUGUUGGGUCUCCUCAUCCUGGGCAUCGUGUGGGUGGCGUCCGCUCUCAUCGACAAUGAUGACGCCAGCAUGGAGUCGCUCUACGAUUUGUGGGAGUUCUAUCUGCCGUACCUCUACUCAUGCAUCUCUCUGAUGGGUGGCCUGUUGCUGCUCAUGUGUACUCCAGUGGGACUGUCACGCAUGUUCACUGUGAUGGGCCAGUUACUUGUCAAACCCACAAUUUUAGAAGAUCUGGAUGAGCAGAUUUAUUGUAUUCAGCUGCAGGAAGAGGCCCUGCAGCGUAGACUCAAUGGUACAACAGCCAACUCUUAUUUCCACGGGAGCUCUCAGCAUCUCUACAAAGAACUGGACAACAUUCGCAAUCAGAGGAACAAACUCGAAAGGAGAAAGAAGGCCUCAGCCUGGGAGAAGAACCUGCUUUACCCCAUCGUGAUGCUGAUCCUGCUCACUGGAACGGCCAUUUCUGUUCUCCUGGUUGCCCUGAACAUUGUGUACCUGCUUGUUGACGAGACGGCAUUGCCCAAGGGUUCAUCGGAGAGAGAUAUUGGCAAUGCCUCCUUAUCCACAUUUGGAGUUGCCCAGGCGGUUGUUGAAAUCAUUCUCAUGUUUUAUCUAAUGGUCUCAUCUGUGGUUGGCUUCUAUAGUCUUCGCAUCUUUCAGGACCUCACUCCCAGAAAGGAUGACACUACCAUGACAACAAUCAUUGGUUGCUGUGUAUCCAUUCUAGUGCUGAGCUCAGCCUUGCCUGUCAUGUCUCGAACGCUUGGAAUAACAAGAUUUGAUCUCUUGGGAGAUUUCGGGCGAUUUAAUUGGCUUGGAAAUUUCUACAUUGUACUUUCAUACAAUCUUCUGUUUGCUGUGGUAACCACAUUGUGUCUGGUGCGAAAGUUCACGUCUGCCGUGCGAGAAGAACUUCUGAAAGCCCUUGGUCUGGAUAAAUUGAAUCUGUCAAACAGCACGACCGAUUCAGAAUCAGGAAAACAUGCUGCCAACGGGCAUCAGAAAACUCUGUGAGAAUCACGGUUCAUUGACUUUGAUUUUAAGAGUAAAUUGAUAUUUGAUCAGAGAGCAUUAAAAGGCAGUGUAGAAUAUGUAAUGUCCAUCUUCUCAUCUCAUGUACAUACCAUUGAAACUUAUUGCUAAAUGCUUUCAUCAGCUCCAGCAUCUACUCCAGUCAAUGCUGGUGAACCAGUCUGUUUUUCAUAAUUGAUUGCAAUUGAAACCGAUUUGAUGUCAUUCGGUUAGAAAUGUUUGUUGCUUUCAUUUCAGUUCUCUCAAAUCAGAAAACGUUAUUGCAUAUUCGAAAGCCUCUUGACUGCACCCUUUGAAAGGAGAUAAAUAUAUAUAUACAAGUUGAAAAACUGAUUUUUGUUUUCACUUUAGUCUGUCACUUGCAAUGAAGCAGACAUUAGUCUCAAUAUGCAGGGGUGUCACAUUAGCCCCUUGAAGGAAUAGUUUACAGAUAAAAACAAUAUUCUUAUUAUAUAUUCUUACAAUAUUAGCACAUAAACCCAAGAAUUGUAGAUAUUUAAAAUCUGACGCUGAUCACAGCUGUGAGUCUUACUGAACAUGUAUAUAUUUCAUACAGUUAUUUUAAUGCAAGAUUAAUUGAUUCUUAUGCAAAUGAGGCGAAUUAAAUCCAGUUAGUUGAAAAAAAAACUCAUCUUUUAGCAAAAUGUGAUAAACCUGGCAUAUGCUGCAUAUGCAGCGAGAUGUGGAUAUUCACAAUGACAGAUAUUCAAAAAGUUGUCUGUAUCAAACCAUCUCUGUUAAUUUCUGCUUUGGUUUGGAGAUGUUAAGUAAGUUUUGUAAAAAUAAGCUUGUCAUUGUGUGCGUUGCCAUUUAUGUUUACAUGCACUUGUUAAUAGGAUCAGAUGGUCAGUUAUAAAUGAGGAAUUAUUAUUUGCUUCCUCAUGCUUUACUGUGACAGUUUUGUUGGAAAUGACAGAAUUAAGUAAUGGGAAUUUAAAAGGAAACUCCCAAACAUGUGCCUUACUUAAAUAUUGACAUUAUUGGAAAAGUAUUGGGAUGAUAAAACGGCAGGGGAGCCUACCUAACAACAUUUCUGUUUGGACUGCUUGUUUUAGUUUGUGGGUAAAGUUCAGAGAUGGACACUAUGGGUUUUAAAUCACUCUUUAAAAUCACAAAAAGUAAACGAGCAGAGAAAUGUUUCUCUGUUGUCACAGUUGUCAAAUGCACCAAAUAGUUGUUGUCAGAAGGUGGGGCACAAUCUUGGGAUUUACUUCCUGUUCCUGUUCUUAAAUCUUCUGCUACUUCAUACGACCUUUGACGUUAUACUAUGUUAUACUAUCUAUGUUACAAAUGCUACGCUACGUUUUUUUUCCCUUGUUGGGAGAGAAUUUAACAAAGAACAGGCAUUGUUUAUCUUGGUAAUUGCUGCAAUGCUUAUAUUUCUAUAUAUUUGCCUUAUUUUAUUGAAUCAUCACUGGCAAACAUGUAAAGAAAACAACCUUUAAACAUCUGGUGUGUAUGGAUGAAACAAUUGGCAGAUUUUUUAUUAUAUUCCUGACCAGUGAUAUUUGUACAAUCGCUCUCAUGCUGUAUUAGCUCCGCCCAUUCAGUCUCAUUCAGUGAAUUGUAGGUGUAUGUAGAUCAGAGACUAAACUUUUACAUUGUUAAAAUGGCUGUGAAAACAGGACUGGAGCACCUGAUCAGUUUAUUCCGCAACGCUUCACGUUUGUUGUGCGGUGACGUUAAAUGAAUGUAAAGUUCAAGCUGGGUCAGUCAAUCAUUAAGCAUCUAUAGGGGUCAUUGAAAAUUCUCCAGAGUAGUUAUGAAACCGAAAUUAUUACUUUUUUACUUUAAAUUUUGUCAAAUAGUUGCUGAGCACACUGUUCAUAUUUUGUUUAGUUUCUAGACAUUCCCAUUUUAAGUACGAAUAGGCUAAUGAACAUGAAGAACUGUUUUGGCCAUUUCUGUGUCUGUGACUCUGUAAAACUGCAAUCUUGAGUGUUCAGUCUACAUUCUUUGUCUGUUUAACUAGCCUCAUGUUAAUGUAAAUGAUGUAUUUACUUGUAUAUACAGUAUAUUUUCUCUUUUUAUUUUUGUAGAAUGUAGAUAUGAAACAGGCUUUCAAGCCUCAUUCAUACUAUGCUAUUUCUGAAAAGGCCAGCCAAUAAGUUACUCAGCAUUUGUUUAUUGUAAAAAAAAUCACCUCUGAUGCCUUAAACAGGCUUUCUUGGCUUUUUCAGUUUCGUCUCCUUUUGUUUAGUGUUGGGGAGAUGUGCAGUGCUUGUGUGAGAUGAGUAAAUGAGUGUGAUGUGUACCUUUUUAUUGACUAAUUCACUGUGAAUCCCUCAUGUGAUCGUCAAUAAUAUAGCAUACCAAAAUGACAGGGUAUAUCUUUAACUUAAACUGGCCAAAGGAAAAAUUAUCAGGGCUCUGGAAUAGUAUUGUUUGGGCAGGAAUUAAUUUCAGAAAUAUAUUCACAUGAGGGACACUGAAUUGAAGCCUGUGAAAAGGUUGUUAAAAGUUGACACCUCAGUGGGUUCUGUGGUUUAAAAUGAUGCAUUGUUUUUGGUGUUUUUUAUUGUCAUGAAUAUAAAAAAGUUACAUGUAAAAUAUGUCUUAUCUUCUUGGUGAUUUGCACAAUACAAUUUUCUAAGAAAAUAUUUUGGGGAAAAAAGUGUCAUGUCAAUAAUUCUCAUUGAGGAAAAUUUUUUUAUUUUGUUUUUAAUUUAAUUUUUUAAUUGUGCACUAAUAUCAAUUCCGUCUGCACAAUUCUGGCAAUUCAAGCACAUCCCACAUCAUAAAUAAUCUAGUUGUGUAUGUGGACAAACUGCAAAAUUGUGCUUGUUUGUUUGAAGUAAAUGGACUUUUGGAAGGAUAUUACUUUUCCAAAGCUUUAUGCUUUGCUUUCUUUUAAUCUGGGGUAUAAUUUGGUGUGUUAGGUUUCUCAAAAUAGAGACAUUAGCAGUGAUGUAGAAAUAACUGAAAGAAACCUAUUCCUCCCAAAUCCUCCCAGAAACCCAUUUUCUAUAAAGAAGAUUGACACAAAACAACAUUGUAAAGGAUGCUGUGAUAUUUUCAGAUAUCUACAUACCAAAACCUGUUUGUUUGUCACGUGCUAUAUGUCCAUACUGUGACUGGUCCCAUUUGAGUUCUCUGUAAAAGAAACUUCAGAUCUAAGGGAAAGCCUCUGUUUCUGUUCUUCCCUGUUGCUUCCAUUACAUGUGUGAAUGUAUUUGCAGAAUAUUCUUGUUCCCAUUUGCUGCGUUUCACUGUUUGUCGUGUUUACAAAGCAAAAUGUCGAGAUUCUCCUACUUUGUUUUCAUCUUCAGUUUACAAUAAAGUUUCUGACUAUUGACAACAAGG